GAAUGAAUUCCAAGGAAUCCAGAUGGGCUGUGUCAGAAAUAAUGCGAUAAUAUAUUUACAGUCUGGUCGUGUAUCAGUGUUUUGUCUGCUCGCCUGUGUGUUUUAAUAUGAUCUCUCUGUUGUGUGGGUGUGAUAGGAAACAUGCUGGAGUGGUGUCUGCCCAAAGACAUGGAUCUGGAGGGAGUGGAGUUCAAAGCCAUCGCCAGCGGCUCCCACCGAGUCACCACAGACUUCAUCUACUUCCGGAAGGGCUGCUACUUUGGCCUCGCCUGUUUUGCCAACAUGCCAGUCGAGAGCACGGUGGAGAGGGGGGCGAGGAUGAAGUCGGUAGGGAUCCUCUCUCCUUCCUACACCCUGCUCUACCGCUACAUGAGCUUCCUGGAGCACCAGGUUCGGCUCCAGCUUCAGUCCCCAGGCCACUACUCUCCCCUGGAGGCCUUCUAUGAGGACAAGAGAGCACUUCUGCCCCCCAGUGGUGAUGGUGUCAUUACUACAUGUCCAGCCAAUGCCUGGGGAGCUGCAAUCAAUCACAGCAUGCACCCUGAGAUGAAGAUCACCCACCCUGCAGGCUGUAUGUCCCAGUUCAUCCGCUUCUUCGGGGAGCAGAUCAUGGUGCUGUGGAAACUGGCUCUCCUACGCAGACGCAUCCUCAUCUUCUCCCCUCCACCAGUGGGCGUGGUCUGCUACAGAGUGUACUGCUGCUGUUGCCUGGCAAACAUCUCCAUACCCGGCAUCGGCAUCACUGUGCCCGAGUUCCGCCCCUUCUUCUAUGUUAAUGUGGCCGAUAUCAGUGCCCUGGAGAACGAGCUCUCCUACGUAGCAUGUACUACUGAGAAGAUCUUUGAGGAGAAGAAGGAUCUGUAUGAUGUGUAUGUAGACAAUCAGAAUGUAAAGACCUGCAGAGACGGCCUGAAGCCUCUGCUCCGCCUCAGCACCGCAGACAGGGAGAAAUAUCGCAAACUCACCGAGCAGAGGCAGAUGUUGCUAUACUCCCAGGAGGAGAAUGGAGACUGUGUGUCCAGUGAAGAGGAUCUCUUUAUUCUGUUUUUCUUGGAGCAGAACAACAGGAUUUUCCAGACCCUCAGUGAGGUGGCCGGGAGCCCCGAUCCCACACUGACCCAGGAGACUGUGAGGGCCAUGGGUCUGGAUCCCCAUGGAGACAGGCUGUUCCUGCUCCACCUGAUGGAGAUCUAUGGCUAUGACACCCUGCUUGUGUCAGAGCAGCUGUGCUGCAGUUGAGACAUCAGAUGACCAUCUUUCCACCUUUCAUCACUGC